GGGACAUUUUGCAAAUAUCUCCCUCUUUAGGGACACAGGCCUACAUCAUUAUUUUGGAGAAAAAUCACUACAAUUUGCAUAAUGUCACAUUUCAAAGGAAGUUGUUAGUGGCCACAUUACUGCAGGAAUCCAUUAAUCAAAAAUGAGUGCUGGAGAGAAUGAGGAUGGCUCUGUCCCUAUGAGCAGUCCAGAAGAAGACCUUCAUUCUGAACGCACCAAACAGGAGAGAUCAGACUCACCAACAUCACAUCUGUCUCUGAAGAGUACCAGAUCAAUCCCUCUACCACUGAACUUCAGUGAUGAAGCACAGACAAAUACAGAAAGCACCAAACAGGAGAGAUCAGACUCACCAACAUCACAUCUGUCUCUGAAGAGUACCAGAUCAAUCCCUCUACCACUGAACUUCAGUGAUGAAGCACAGAGAAAUACAGAAAGAACCAAACAGGAGGAAUCAGACUCAACAUCACAUCUGUCUCUGAAGAGUGGCAGAUCAAUCCCUCUACCACUGAACUUCAGCAGUGGACCACAGAAAAAUAUAAAAAGGAGGUUGUCUGUGGAAGAGACCCAAGACCAGGGGGAGUACAGACCUGCUAAAAGAGUCUGUCAGCAGCAUUACGGAGCUCCAGUGGUGUUCUGUAAGACAGAUAACAUGCACAUCUGUAGCAUCUGUAUGGGGCAAGAGCACCAAGGCCACAGUAAAUUCUACAUUGUGAAAUCGAAUGUUCCAGGAAGUCAAACCAUACUUCAUGAUAAGAUGGAGAACAUGGAAACAGAAUUCUUCAAAACCUUCAAAAGAGAACUAUCUGAGGAUUACCCAGAAUGCUUAGGGAAUCAGCCAGAGAAGCUCAGUCCCUCUGAUGCUGCUAAGAAACUAGUGGAGAGCUUUGGAGGAGAGGCAGCACUGAGGAUCACAUGGCACUUCGUGGCAAAUGCUAAUCCACUUCAAAAAAUCACAGAUGCCAAUAAAGCAAAGCUUAAGAACAAAUGUCAACAUUUAAAUGAAGGAAAUUCAUCUCAAGGUCAACAAUGUUUUUUGAAGGAUAUCUACACAGAUCUUUACAUGAGAGAUGGUGGAAGUGGAGAGAUAAAUAAUGAACAUGAGGUGCUGAGGAUUGAGGUGAUUUCACAAAACAGAAACACGCAAGGAACUUCAUUUGCAUGUAAUGACAUAUUCAAGACACUGCCAGGACAAAGAAAACAAAUCAGAACAGUCCUGACGAUGGGCAUAGCUGGCAUUGGAAAGCAUGUGUCGGUGCAGAAGUUCAUUCUAGAUUGGGCGGAUGGAAAAUCAAACCACACUCAAUUUGUUACAGUGCAAGAUAUCAACGUUAUCAUCCAUCUACCAUUUCGUGACCUUUUCCAGAAAAAGGGGAACUGUAGUCUUCUACAGCUGGUUCAACAAUAUGCUCCUGAGGUGAAAGAAGAAAAUCUUUCAAAACUGAAAGUGAUUUUUAUUUUAGAUGGUUUAGAAGUAUGUCAGUAUCCUCUUGAUUUCCAUAAGAAUGACUACUGCUCUGAUAUAAAUAAGAAAGUUAAUUUGGAUGUGCUGCUUACAAACCUCAUCAAGGGUAAUUUGCUUCCCUCUGCUCUCCUCUGGAUAACUACAAGACCUUCAACAGCCAAUAGGAUCCCUCCUGAGUGUGUCCACCAGGUCACAGAGAUUCGUGGGUUCAAUGACCAUCAAAAGGAAGCAUACUUCAGGAAGAAAAUCAGUGAUCAGAAGCUGGCAAGUGAAAUCAUAGCACACAUCAAAUCAUGUCAGAGCCUCUACAUCAUGUGCCACAUGCCCAUCUUCUGCUGGAUUUCUGCCACUGUGCUAGAAAAUAUGAUGAGUGAUGGAAACUCUGAUGAAAUACCCAGAACUCUAACUGAGAUGUUCACUCACUUCCUGCUCAUUCAGAUCAGUCUCAAGCAUAAGAAGUUCAAUGGAGCUGAUGCCAAUAAUCCAAAGAAACUGUCUGAAUUUGACAAAACAUUGAUUCUGAAACUGGGGGAACUUGCUUUCAAGCAAAUGGAGAAGCACAAUUUUAUUUUCCAAGAAGAGGAUCUAAAAAAAGGUGACAUUGAUGCGAGUCAAGCCUCAGAGUACUCGGUGUUCACAGAGAUUUUCAGAGAAGAGCUGGGAUUGUACAGGGAGAAGGUCUAUAGCUUUGUACACGUGAGCUACCAAGAGUAUUUGGCAGCGAUAUAUGCUCACUUUGCAUGUGUUAAUGAUGGGAAAAAUGUUCUUGAAAAAGACAAAAAGACAAAUCUUUCAAAUGUACAUCAGAGUGCAGUGGACAAAGCUUUAGAGAGCGAAAAUGGACAUCUUGACCUUUUCCUUCGCUUCCUUUUGGGUCUUUCUGUUGAGACUAACUGCAAUCUCCUGGAAGACCUUGUAACCAAAGGCAGUUCAUGUAAACCCUGUGUAGAUAAAAACUUGACAGUGUGUUACAUCAAAGAGAAGAUCAAACUGGUACAAUCACCAGAGAGAAUCAUCAAUCUGUUCCACUGUUUAAAUGAGCUGAAUGACAACACUCUUGUUAAAGAAAUUCAGACUGCCAUGAAAUCAGGAACACUCAGGGGUAGUGAGCUGGAGCCAGAGCAAUGGUCAGCACUGGCUUAUGUCUUGCUGAAAUCUGGGGAGGUAUUAGAUGAGUUUGACAUGAAGAAGUUCAACACAUCAACAGAAAACCAGAUAAGACUGCUGCCAGUGCUCAAAAUCUGCAAAAUGGCCAGACUAGAUUGUUGUAAUCUCUCAUCUGAGUCCUGUGGAAGAAUCGCCUCAGCUUUACAGUCAGUCAACUCACCCUUGAGAGAGCUGGAUCUGAGCAACAAUAAACUAAAGAAGUGUGGAGCAACCAUCCUCUUUUCUGGACUAGCAAGUCCACUUUGUCAAUUACAAAAACUGAAGCUGGCUGGCUGUGAUUUUCCAUCAGCAUUCUGUACAAAUCUAGCCUCAGCACUCGAAUCAACAAAUUCACUCCUGACAGAACUGAAUCUGAGCUACAAUACGAUAACUAAAAAUGGAGUAGAACAACUCUGUGCUGGACUUAUUAGUCAAAAUUGUAAACUUCAGAAACUCAAGUUAAAGCAAUGUGGUCUCCUAAAGGCAAGCUGUGCACAUCUAGCAUCAGUUCUGAAAUCAUCUUACUCAGACCUAAAGGAGCUGGAGCUGAAAAACAAUGAUCUGGGAGAUUCAGGAGUAAAUCAGCUCUCAAAAGGACUACAUGAUCCACAGUGUACAUUAGAGAAACUGGGUCUGUCGGGGUGUAUGAUCACAGAGGUGGGCUGCAGUUCCCUGGCCUCAGCUCUCAACUCAAAUGGUGGUCAUCUGAGAGAACUGGAUCUGAGCUACAACCACCCUGGAGACUUAGGGGUGAAACUGCUCUCUGAUAAAAAAGAUGAUCCAACCUGUAAACUGGAGAAACUAAAUGUUGAGAAAGGAGGAGAGUGUCGAACUAAUCCAGGUCUGAGAAAAUAUGCAUGUCAGCUCACUGUGGAUCCAAACACAGCACAUCCACUUCUGAAACUCUCCGAAGGAAACCAGAGAAUAUCGGAAACUACAGAGGAGCAGAAAUAUCCUGAGCAUCCUGAAAGAUUCAAACUGUACCCCAUGGCCUUAUGCACAGAGGCUCUGAAAGGUCGCUGUUAUUUUGAGGUGGAGUGUAACGGUGGAGUUGGUGUGGGUGUGGCUUAUAAGACCUUAGAUAGAAAAGAGAGUAUAAUGGGAGUUAAAAACACUUUCCCUGCUCUCCUCUGUCUGAAUGGCAAAUCAAAACUCUUGCAGAAUAAUGAGAUUACUUGUGCAUUCCCAGUGAUUACUCAGUCCAAAAGAGUUGGAGUUUAUGUGGACUUGGAACUUGGAAGUCUGUCAUAUUACAGUAUUUGUAAUUACACAUCCAGGCACCUACACACACACCACACUAAAUUCAAAGGCCCCUUAUAUACAGGGUUUACUCUUCUGCCUGACUCCUCGGUGACUCUGUGUAAGCUGACAUAAACCUUAAGAGUGAGCAGAUAUUUCAAACGGAAGUUAGACGUUUUAUAGCAUUUUUUUAUCCCAAACACAUAUUAGGUAAAGGUUAAAUUUUACAGAGUGACACAUUAUUUAACAUCUACUAUUAGAUAUAAGUAUGAUGACAUGAUUUCAAUAUUGGGUCACACUAUAUAUUACGUGUCUUUACUAUGUACUUGCAUACAUACUGGUUAUGUAUGUACUGAUUGUGUUGAUGUUGUAUAGCAAAACACUUGUGCAACUAUUGAGGAGGGAUAUGGCUAUAUAAGGUUAGGGACA